GAAAGGAAGACUUCUCGAGUUCUGUUUCCAUGUAUACAAACAAUGUAAUCUAAAAGUCAAAUAUUUAUUUGUUUGUAGCCAAUCUCUAGGGAAACGUUAACAAAUAAUCAGACGUUUGAACUUUGAAGAGCGUUCACCCCUUAAACCAGUUAACAAUUGAUAAUAAGUCAAUUUUAAUUUUGUUGUCUAUAAAAAUACUGAAAUGCUAAUUACUCUAAUGAUACAUUGAGGCAGUGUCGAGACUUUUCUUCGAAAGACUUUGAACAAAUGGUCGUCUCAAUUAGUGUAUUCGGAGAAAAAGAAAGAAGAUUAGUGCACAUGAUCAAACGUUGCGUGGCUCGGAAAAGGACAGAAGAACAUGCGUUAUAUUACCAAUAAAGUCGGUCCACUUCACUUAGUGUUUAUUUGGGUCACGUAAGACUCUUUUUCUCAUUUUGUACUUUGUGUAUUUCAUUUGUUUUAUUGCUUUUAGAAAAAUAGUCGAAACUUGAAACACAACCACUACUCACGUUUUGCCUGAAGAAUCAUUUACACUAAUCACUAAUGCAAAUUUGUUUGUCUCUGAUCUUCUUGUAUUCUAAUGUCUAACGAUGUCAUUUUCUAUGCAUAGCCGGUUAAGUUUCCAACAGCAAAACAAAAGUAGUUAGUUGUUAAUCUCAUCAUUAGUUUUUAAUCAAAUCUUCGUGUGGUGGGAUUUGUUAUCAAGCUCAACUAUAUGAAAUGAAAACAUUAAAGAUCUUACAUUAAAUUCCCUCAGCUACAAAUAUUGAGAAAGUGAUUUUAGAAAAGAAAAAUCAAAGAGAAAAGUCUCUUUAUUGACAAUUAUUUAUCUAAAUUCAUCUCCUAUUUCCCUAAACUCAAGCCUUGAAUAUCGGCGCCCCAAAACAUUCGGCGACCCGAUAUACAAUAAACUCUAUUUAUUUUCCUCAUUAAUCUACAUCUUUAAUAAGAACAACCACAGUCUCAAACACUUAGACUGGUCUCUUUUUCAUGUUCGUUUCCUAUUUUUUGCUCCUUGAUCAUCUCAUUUUAUUUUAUUUUAUUUUUGAUAGCUUUGUUUCUUUAAUCUUUUUUUUUCUUUAUCAAGAAUGGAGGGGAGCAAACUGAAUUUGUAUUCUCCGUUACCAUCAAUAAGGCGAAUUUCAAGUAAAACAAAGCAUUCAAGUGAAUCAAAUAACAAGAAGACCAUUAUUACAAGACCAGAGCUUCGAUCAUGUCUGAGCAAAGAACAAGAAACGUCGGUUUUUGUAUUAUCAGACCAGAGCUUCGAUCAUCUAUCCGAACCAGCUUCAGUUCCUUUUAUGUGGGAACAUACCCCUGGAAAACCAAAAGAUGACAUGGCUACACUGAUUCAAGAAUCAGGUUUACUAGAAACCGAUGAUGAAGAAGAAGAAGAUUUGUAUACAGUUUCUUCUGAUGGAACCUUCUCUGUUAACUGCAGCACAAGUGGAGUAAGCGACAUCGAGAAGAAUGGUGAGAAGUCUGACGAUGCGUCGUCUAGAGAAAGUCUCGAUCAAAUGAUGUCAAGAUUCUUACCAGCUGCUAAAGCAAUGGCUUUCACACAUCAAAAACGCUCUUCAGAGCAAAAGCAUUUCGCUAUUGUUCGCCAAAGAAGUCGAGUAGUCGCAGAACAUGAGCAUUUCGCUAUUGUUCAGAGCCUUUAUGAUGAUUUAAACAUUGAUGAUGAUGAUGAUGAUGAUGACGACGACGAGGAUGAUGAGUAUGAUGUUGAUCACCGAAUCUAUCCUAAAGUUACUAUCAAGAAGGCUUGUGGGUUCUUGCCAAGGCUUUGUGCCAAAAACUCACUCAAGAUUUCAAACCCGGUUCCUUUGGUUUCAGUUUCAAACCGGGGUUUGAAUCAUUCUCGUGAACAAACCGGUUUACCAAACUGGUCAACUAGGCGUCUUUCCGGUUUUAUGUCUCCGUACCGAACCUCUUGUUCGGCUCCGGAGAAACCAGAGAGCUUCAAAAGGUUAAACAUAGGAAUCAGCAAGUCUCAAGAGCUGUGUCCAACAAGAACAAGAACAAGAGAGAUUCUUCCUAAUCACUCACAUUCUGGAGAAGUCAGAAUGUUGAGAAACUCUAUCUCAACUCCGCCGAGGAUCCAAGGGACGACCAUUCACGACACGAGGUUUCUUGCGGAGGAAGUAAUUAGAAGAAGAAGAAGCAGCAACAGGUCAGGGAACCUUUUGAAAACAUCGCCGAAAUGUACGGCGGCGAUAACUACGCCACCCUUACCAGAAACUCCGUCUCGGCCUUGGCUCCGACGAACACUCCUCCCGCCGGUGAGCCCUAGACCUUACGGCGUCGUGUUAGGUCAAGUUGGUGCUAAGAAACUGAAUCAAGAAAUUGUUGAAUCUACAAAAUGGGAAACGAUGGUUAAAACAUCUUAUGUUCACAACGACCACGUUCGUUAUUCUCAGGAGCUGACUGUUCAUCCAUCUCGCCAGAAAAUUACAUAAAAACAGAGAAAUUACUUCUUCGUUUUUACUUUACAAUUAAAUUAAUAAAUAGCUUAAAUUUCGGGCUCUUAUUUUUCAUGCAGGCAACACGAAUUUACCUGAGAUUGGUUUUUUUUUGGUUAUAUAUUUGUGUGUGUGUGUUAUGAUAGUGGGCUUUGUUAUUCUGACCACGUGUUUUGUAAUUGAAGACCUAAAUGUUCUUGAUGUUUGAUAAAACAUAGAUAAACCGGUUAUGACUAA